GUAUUUGAAGCUGGCAGAGGCCUACGGCAGCACAGGUACGGUUAGAGGUGAACUUUAAACCAAAAGUUUGAUAAGAACUCUCCGCAGCCUGUGGGUCGAUCGCAAGCGUCCACUCAGAACUUACUGUGAGGGGAGAAAAAAAGUUUUUUGCUGGCUGAGCUGACCUGUAGAAGAGGCUCUGAGUGACUUCCUUGUUUGAGCUGGAAGCACACUGACUCAUUUCAAUGUUAUGGCGCUCAAUACUCUACACUGAAACGAGAAUGUCGGCGAAAUCGUGCACCUCUCCCUGCAGGAGCAAGUUUAUGAAGGAAUGAAGAAGAGCAUUUUUUUGAGUAUUACAUGUGACCCUAUCAGGUUCCGUCACAGGCCGGACAGAGGUGCAGUUUCCAAGUGAGACUGAAAAUGAGUCAAGCAGGAGAAAAAAAUCAGGGGACGGGGCUGAGAGACGUCUUUGAUCUGCUGGUUAAAGCACCUCAGGAGCGACUGGUGAGCCUGACAUUGCAGCUGGGCAAGUCUCCUGAAGAUACUAUCGUGCAUGCCUUGUGCCUGAUCGUUCUCAAGAAAGAGGCGCAGGCCCUGAGCAAGCUCCAGGCGCUAGGAGACAAUGGCCUCGCUAAACACCUGGCUGAAAAGUGGCAGGUGAGCGGAGGCAAGCUAGAAGACUUUGCCGUUCACUGUGGUAAUUUCCAGGAGUUCACGCUGGAAUCUUUGACUGUGUUGGCUCGCAUUUUCAAGGUUUUGACGGACAAGACGUUGUGUGAUCCACUCUGGAGGAAUCUGGCGUAUAAGAGAGCCAUUUCCAGUGACGACCAAAAAGCAAGCGACAGCCUGGAGUAUGAUAAACUCAAAGAGGAGGUCAAACUCGUCUGUGGGCCUGAACUGUUCGCAGAGUGGACGGGCUCCCCCACGGAUCUCAAGUCAGGAUCUUGCCGCGACCCUCAUAGCAGGCUGGACGAGGGAACUCUGAAAGUUACUCUGUCCCAGGAUCAGACAGCGAGAGCUUACAGUCUGCCCAGCCCACUGCAGGCGAGCUCCUCAGUGCCUUCAUACCCUUCUCAUCUAGAGAUAAGUAUACCUCCAACAACCUCGUUUCGGAGACCAGAAACAUCAGAUAUGUCCACACCAAAUGUUCCCGUUGUCCCUGGGAAUGAAAAUGCAGCGAGGCCAUCAGAGACAUCCGGGGAGCCUCAGCCUCCAUCCAACGUGCCGCCUAAGAAACUUUUAGAGACUCUCGCUGCAAGGAACAUUAAGUUGGACAAUCUUAUCACUCCGACUCAACCCACCAAACCGACCGCCGAGCCAACUUUUGCACAACCUGCUGCAGAAACCAUUGUUCGACCCAAGAUGCCUGCUGCAGGUGUCAGUAAGGCAGCAGAAGAAGAAGAAGAAGAAGAAGAGGAGGAGGAAGAGGAAGAGAUAUUUUACGCAUUCGUCAUCCUGCACGCUCCAGAGGAUGCAGAUAUAGCCGAGAGCAUCAAGGAGAGGCUGGAGAGUAUCAUUGGUAGUGAAUUUGAAGGCGCGACGUUCUCCGACCACUUCGCCGUCCCGGGGAGGAGCACCCUGACAUGCGUGGAGGACGCCGUCAACAACACUGCCUUCACCAUCCUGCUGCUCACCCCCAACUACAACACCCACAUGCAGGAGGUUCAGAUGAACUCCGCUCUCAUCAACUCCAUAGAAAACAACCACAAGUACAACACUGUCAUCCCGCUGCUGCCACGGAAGAACGGCAUGCCCAGGCAGAGCAUCCCCUUGGUUUUGCGGACACUAGUAAUACUGAAGGAGAACAAUAACUUUGAGAGAAUGACACUAAGAUCAAUGUCUCGGGUUAAGAUUAAAACACAGUGGAAAAAAUGGACUGAGGAGCAGAGAGCGAAGAAGCAGAAAAACAGACAGGAGAGACUAAAGGAGCUGAACCAGCGUGAAAAGCAGAUGAUCCAAGAGAGUAGAGAAGUACGCGUGCUGGAGGAGGAGAGGAUCAGGCUUUUAAUGGAACAUAAACUAGUUCUCGGUGCCGGUGGGCCACCAGGACACGUUGGUGGUGGAGCCGUAGCCGGGUGGCAACAGCAAGCAAAUAUUCAUAUAGAAAAUGCUCAGUACAUCAUGAUUGGCGAUCAGUCUCAAAUGAAGGUUGACUUGGGUGGAGGCCCGGACAAAGAGGCCUCAGAUCACAGCGAGGAGGAGCAGUGAUCUUAAACAGGAUAAUCUCAUCAGAUAUGCUGAGAUUAAGAUGACUUUUUCUUUUCUAAACACUACAGGGUUGCAGCAGCCAUCUUUUUUUUUUUAACUAAACCCGAUAGUAAAAGACAGUCCAAUAAAACUGUCAAAGGAGCAGUUAAGGGCCAUCUUGAUGGUUUGAGAAUGGAACAGAGCAUUUCAGAUGAAUGUUUAACAAAAGACUGCCAUCUACUGACUUAUAUCUGGAACAUUCCUCCUGAUUUCCUGAGCUGUAGGAACACACUUCAGGCAGUAGGGAGCGACGCUGUCACACAAUCGUCAUCACCCCUGGACUGCACUGCUGCUCUGGUUUCUAAGAGCUAAAAAAAAGUUUAAUUUUAGUUUUUUCUAUAUUGUUCCAAGUGUUUCCGUGUGUGCAUGGAUGUUUUAGAUAAUUAUGUGACAGUACAGUUUGGUGUAACUGUAACUUUAAACUAAAAUUUGUGGAAGUUUUGGGAUCAUUGUCCGAGAUAAUCUUUUAUUUCCUGUGCCUGUGACAGCUCUCCUUCAUGUCUGCAGCCACAGAGGACAACAUAUCAUUAGAUGUUUUUAAGAUCAAGUUUGGUACGAGCGUCCAGAGUCUUGGAUUAUGCCAGGCGAGCUGUUUGGAGCAGUUUUCCGUUCAUUUUCUGUUCCUUUUUUUAAAACAUUUUUUUUUUCCUUCUAAAACAAGAAUGCUGAAGCGCUGUUCUGCUGAGAAGCUCCAGAAAUGUUCUGUGGACGAUGAACACUUCAGCUGACUCUCCAUCAGCAUGGGUGUCAGCAGAUAAUGACUGAUUUUUUUUCAGUUUUGGAGGAACUUAUCCAUUGAUAUUUAUCUCAAUCUGCUCAGGUCCAAGCCACACAUCUCAGACAUCUAUGAGCCAAACUUAGACAGGUUGCUGACUGACUACCUGAAGACUGCACUUUUAUUCUUGUAUGUUCUUGUUCGAUUCUUCUUAAAUACUGUAGUUUCUAUAUAUAUUUUUUUCCCCUCGUAAGUACUGUUUUCUGACGCACUUUGAAGGUAUUUUUAAAUAAAGUGUUAUUCUUAUUGUUGUCUCGUUCCAUACGGCGCUGAAGGGCCACCUUCACCUUCACGGCGGCUGCAUGUGUCAUGUCGUCGCUGACAGGUGAGAAUCCUGAACAUCAGGACUUCAGCACAUGUCUCAGGCCCAAGAGGACGCUCAGGCUUCAUUUCUGCCCAGAUCUCACAUCAGAAAGGCAUGUGAGCGGUUUCAGUGUCACCCUAGUGAGGGGUAAACCUCACUAUUCUUCACCUGAGGGGACAUUCAUAUACUUCAUAUAUCCCAGACUAUCACAAAAACAGUCAGGGAUGAAAGUAAUUCAUUCUACCGAAGGCACAUCCUCCUGUUAUAGCUAUGUCAGGACUAUUAAGACGAACCAGGUGGGAUCCUGCCGUCCUGUUAUCAAUCUGCCUCCUGCCCAUAGGAGUCUGUGACGACUUCUUUUAAUAGCAUAGGAAUAUUAUCUGACCCGUUGGACCUCUAACCCAGUCUAAGACUCUAAUUACUGUAAAAACUGUAACACAAAGGAAAUACAAGACUGUUUUUUUAAUUAAAUGUUGACAUUUCGAUGAAGGAAGUGAUAUUUUAUAGGCUUAUGAAGUAAUCAUCAGCUUAGAUAAGUGGUGUAAAAGUCAUGAAGAGGCAGUUUGUUUUUACAAAGCAUGUGUCAUGCACGCAGGUAGAUUCAAGGGGCUGUACAGUGAAAGUUAAAUCAGCUCCAUCGAGGCUGAAGCAACACAGUUAAAAGGGGCAAAAUAAAGGUGAAAUAAAAUGUAAAACAUCUGAUCGAACAGAAAAGAAUAAAGAAUUAAUGAGACAGAAGAAUGAGGUACUUCUGAGAUCAUAAAGUCAUUAGAGAA